AUGCAAAUACCAGGGGUUUAUCAAACAACCAUUAGAUUGCAGCACAUGAGGACUAGAAGGUGGCUGCACAGUCAUCUGCAUGCAUCCCCGAUAUCGGGGAACCUAGAGGUCAGUUGCUUUGGCAGUGAUUCAAAUUCCGACACUGGAGACCACUGGAAGCUACUAAUCGAGGGGAAUGGGAAGACUUGGAAGCAAGACCAAAAAUUCCGGCUUCAACAUAGAGACACCGGAGGAUAUCUCCAUAGCCACAAUAAGAAAUACCAACGAUUAGCCGGUGGACAUCAAGAGGUUUGUGGAGUUCAGGAGAAGCGAGCCGAUAACAUAUGGAUGGGGGGCGAGUUAAGGAGAGCAAAUAGAUAG